GGGGCUGAGCAGCAGCUCAAAGACAGACGCGACUCUGCUCUCGUGUGAGCUGCUGAGGGAGAGAGCUCUGGCGCUGCGUAAAAGCCGUCUUUACGCACGGUCCUCUGUGGGAAAAAGAUUUUUUCCCCGAACCUCAUCUAAUGAUACUGAAUUAGUGAAGCCAUAGCCCUAAAUACAGAGGCGGGUUUUGUGAUUAUAUUUAGUUGGAGAAGAAUUCUCUUCUCCAAGCGCACAGGUAUUUUGGCACCGGAAUCCUAACUUUGUGGUUUAGCGCCUCUUUCCCAACAGCAGAAUGGAUCCAUUAUURGACGCCACCGAUUCUCCAAAUGUCAGCUCUAACAGCACCAGUAACUGGACGGCUAACUUGAACCAGUUCGUGCAGCCGGUCUGGAGGAUCGUCCUCUGGGCCAUUGCGUACAGCUGCAUAGUUGUCGUGUCCGUGGUGGGCAACGUGACGGUAAUCUGGAUCAUCAUGGCGCACAAACGCAUGAGGACCGUCACCAACUAUUUCCUGCUGAACCUGGCGUUCGCCGAAGUCUCCAUGUCCGCCUUCAACACGGUGAUCAACUUCACCUACGCGGUGCACAACGAGUGGUAUUUCGGACUGGUCUACUGCCGCUUCCACAACUUCUUUCCUAUCGCGGCUGUCUUCGCCAGCAUCUACUCCAUGACGGCCAUCGCCUUGGACAGGUACAUGGCCAUUAUCCACCCCUUGAAGCCUCGUUUCUCCUCUUCCUCCACUAAAGUGGUGAUUGCUGUGAUUUGGAUGGUGGCGUUCUCGCUGGCCUUCCCUCAGUGCUUCUACAGCGUGACCAGAUUUUACUACCCCAGAACCGUGUGCAUGGUYGACUGGCCUGAUGAUUAUGGAGGAACGCAUCAACUGAGUUAUCAGUUUGCUGUGAUUCUCCUGAUCUACUUGCUCCCUCUGCUGGUGAUGUUGGUGACCUACAGUUUGGUUGGUCGCUCAUUGUGGGGAGGGCACAUCCCCGGAGAGGCGUCAGAUCACUACCACACCCAGAUAACAGCCAAAAGAAAGGUGGUGAAGAUGAUGGUGGUUGUGGUGGUGACCUUUGCUCUCUGUUGGUUGCCCUACCAUYUUUACUUCAUUCUGGGCUCAUUUAACAGAGACAUUUAUAAACAGCAUUACAUUCAGCAGGUGUAUCUGGCCAUUUUUUGGUUGGCCAUGAGUUCAACCAUGUACAAUCCAAUUAUUUACUGUUGCCUAAACCAAAGGUUUCGUGCAGGUUUCCGUCACGCUUUCGCCUGGUGUCCCUUCAUCAAAGUGUCAGAGGAGGACAGGAUGGAGCUGCAGCACACAAAUACCUUCAGAGUCACGGUGACGCGCAGCCGCCGCAGCGAGACGUCGUACACGCACGCUUCCAUCAAAACUAACAACGUGGAGAGAGACGCAUGCUUGCAGAGGAAAAAGCACCCGUCCGGCAUUCACAACUCACAUCUGCCAAAAACACAGAUGAUACAAUCACCCCAGCUGCCAAGUAUAUAGAGAACAGCCCUGACUUUUGAGAUGAAACCUGAUGAGAAUUUGAGAAGUCAGGAAGAUGGCAUAAAUACUGCAGACGUUUUGGACAAAGAAAGCCCUGCAGCCCAUAAGACUUAAAAACUUAUUUAAGCAGAGGAUUGUCCUGGAAGAAGGAGCUCUCUGGACUUUGCUACCAGUAACACUGGUUGUUAAUGAGAUAUUUGCACAAAUCUGACUGAGAGAAUGAAGGUUUUUCUCAUUUACUUUUGGUUCUUGUUGCAGCUGAAGCUCUUUCUGUCUGACAAAUGACAAGAAACAUGGCAUCCCCUCAACAGACAGUUAAUAUACAGUAUUCAUCACAAGAAACAACUGAAAAAAAAUUAAAUAACAAUCAUGCACAUCCAUCUUUUAGAUAAUUGGUUCCCUAUUUUUCACAUGCAUGUCUUUAGACUUCAGGGUAAAACUGAGGAACCUUGAAAAAUUCACAAAGACAAGAGGACAUCAUUAAAACUAAAAACAGUGCUACCAUCAAACCAGUUUUUCUUUGAAUGUUUAUAGCUGUGAAAAUACUGUUUAUAUAUUGAAGGAAAAAAAAGGAACAGACGAUGAWACUGUAUAUUUUGCUGCUAUGGAGAAAGUCUGAAUUUGAAGCAUUUUUGUUUUUAAUCUCUGCUGCAUCUCUGUCGGUUUUCUGGGUAAUUUUCACAUUUGAAUUUUAUCUAGAAAUCCAAGGUUUUCUGAAACGCAGACUAAAACCAUCCAGCAUCGAGCCUUAACAGAGUCAGGUGUUUUCUGCUUUAACAGUCUGUCGGUGUUUGUGUAAUUUAAUGUAUUAAUGAUAUUUUCUUUUGUGUUGAAAUUCAAUAGUAACAAUAAAUGCUUGUUAGCUGGAAGUUUGGUUUUGUUACGAUACAAAAAAAAGAUGUUUCAUCAGCUACAGACCUACAGUUUUUGUUCAAUAAGAGAAAAAAAGUGACCAUCAGCAAGGACAGGUCCUCUAACUUCUGUUGUUUCAUUCUAAAUUACAAAAUAGAUAUAAAAAGAAAUAAUGGUCCUGAUUUGGAUGUAUCUUUUACUCUUCAGUACUGAUAGUUUAACAUUUACGUCACACGAUGUGCAUUAAUAACAGUUUAUUAUGCAUUGUGAUUUCACUUUAUGGUUCACUUGCAUUAGAGUUUAAUAUUUCACUUAAGGACCACUAAAAAGUAAAACUAUAAACUGAACCUGUGCUGUUUUAAACACUGUAACUUGGGUGUGUUAUGAUUUUGACUUGUAUGAUAAAACACUGCAAAACAUUUGUAGUUAUCUGCAAAAAUUUAAUUUUUUUUAAAUUGUGAUGUUCAUUCAGUCAGUAUUGUUUUCUUAUGAGUAGUAAUAAAAUGUGAGCGUUAAAAUCAACAAAACACUUGUAUUUACUUUAUAAGCAGCACCAAACACAUUGUUUUUUUUUUAAAGAAGUCCAGUCUGCUCCUAUUGGUCGCCUCCAGUGGCCUUAUCAGACACUGGUUAARCAUUUUAAUGUCACCAAAUCCAAAAGCAAUUAAUUUUUACAUUUUGUUUUACAAAGAAAAAAUAACCAACUCUCAAACAGCAGCAAAUCCCUUUUCUUAUUGCUGGGCCAGAUUUUGGUGUUAUCAGAAAGUGUUUAUGUUGAACCUUUUUAAGGGGCAAUAUACUAUACCAUAAUAAAGUAUCUAUGUCACCCUUAGCCAUUAUUAAAAUGCUGUUUUUAAGUUUAAAUAGAAA